CAGGGUUGGAGCUGAGGGCAUUAACGAGAGGGGAGACUUUGGAUCUUUAUUUCGACAUCUUAUUGAGAGAGAAUUCUAUGUAGCCGGAGAAAGAUGAUGCGAAAUAUCAAAUGCGUGGUGGUGGGGGAUGGGGCUGUUGGGAAAACCUGUAUCCUCAUCACUUACACAACCAACGAAUUCCCUGAGGAGUACAUUCCGACCGUCUUUGAUAACUAUUCCACCACUGUUACUGUUGACGGUCAUGUAGUGAACCUUGGGUUGUGGGACACAGCCGGCCAGGAAGACUAUGACAGACUCCGACCACUCUCCUACCCACAGACUGUGAGUAUUUUCACAGGGAAUCUCUUGCUUGUUCUCUAUUCCUUAAGCUCCCAAAAAGAUGUGUUUGUGAUCUGUUUUUCCCUGGUCAGCCCUGCUUCUUUCAUUAAUGUCCAUCCAAAGUGGUCCUCCGAGGUGAAGCAUCACUGCCCCAACACUCCCAUCAUCCUCGUGGGCACUAAGGUCGACCUGAGGGACGACAAGGAAACAAUAGAGAAGCUGAAGGAAAGGAACAUGGCUCCCAUUACCCGCGAAGAAGGCGAGCAGAAAGCGAAGGAGAUCGGAGCGGUGAAGUACGUUGAAAGUUCUGCCUGCAAACAGGAAGGUCUGAAGACAAUAUUUGAGGAGGCAAUUCGAGCGGUGAUCCUCCAGCCAGUGAAGAAGAAACGGCUCUGUUGCCGUAUUUUGUAG